AUGGGUGUCUGGCUAACGGUAGCCUGUUAUUUGAUUGCGUUUUCACCAUCAGCAGCACUAUUCUGCCGAUUUGUAGCCAAGGAUCCAUUACGGAUCAUUCUAUUCGUACUAGGAGCUUUUUUCUGGUUAGCUUCAUUAUUAUUGUCUUCAUUCAUAUGGUUGGCAAUAUCGAUGAUGUGGGAUGCUCUUCCAUUAGCAGUUUUCUGCUCUAUCUUACUACAGGAUGCAGCACGUGUUUUUUAUUUUUGGCUUCUGAAGAAGGCGCAAAGCGGCCUAAAUAAAAUCACAAAGCCCGGUUCAGUAUCUAUCGCACCUGGAGUUUCAGAUUUACACAAUGCACGACAUAUGCUUGCUAUGGUUUGUGGUCUUGGAAUGGGUGUCAUGGCAGCCUUAUUGCUAACUAUGAAUGUAUUCGCAGAAUUUGCAGGACCUGGUACGAUUGGCCUACCUAAAGCAAUGCGUGUAAGAAACAUAUAUUAUGCAAAAUAG